AUGCUGGACUCUUGCAAAGCUAGAUUUCAGUCUGUAAAGAAAAACAGAGUCUAUGCUCAGAAUAUACCAAAGGCUGCGGGAACGGGUCCCCGAAAGAAGAAAAAUAUGCUGCCUGCAUGGGCAAAUAGAUCUCUUGUUCAUCCAUUCUAUGACUACAAGGGACCUAAGUUGGACAAAGGGAACAAAGUGGAGUUCUUGUCUCACUUGUGUACUGUCAUAAAUCUCAAAACUGGUGAAGUGGUUCUAACUGCAAAAAAAUAUAAGAAUAUUUAUGUAGUGAAUUUUGGUAUAUCAGAUGAGAGUGACUUGACAUGUAUCGGUGCUGUAGAUGAUGAUACUAAGCUGUGGCAUAGAAGACUAGGACAUGCAAGUUUCACUCUGCUGAACAAACUUGCAUCAAAGGACCUGGUCUGUGGGCUACCUAAUGUCAAGUUCAAAGAUCACAAGGUGUGUGAUGCAUGUAUUAAAGGGAAGCAGGUCAGGACUUUCUUCAAACCAAAGAAGGAAGUAAGUACCUCUAGGCCACUAGAGCUUCUUCAUAUGGAUCUUUGUGGACCUAUGAGGAUACAAAGCAGAGGUGGCAAGAAGUAUAUUUUUGUGAUUGUUGAUGAAUUUUCAAGAUUCACUUGGACUCUGUUCUUAAGAACCAAGGAUGAAACAUCCUCUGUGUUUGUAGCCUUUGUGAAAAAGAUUCAAGUGAAGUUGGGGCACCAAGUUGCAAGUAUCAGAUCUGAUCAUGGCACCGAAUUUGACAAUGUCAAUUUCAAUGAAUUUUGUGCUGAAAAUGGAAUCAGUCAUAAUUUCUCGCCUCCUAGAACACCUCAACAAAAUGGUGUUGUGGAAAGGAAAAGCAGGACACUUGAAGAUAUGGUUAGAACAAUGCUGAUUGCGAGUGGUGUGGCCAAAGGCUUCUGGGUUGAGGCUGUUAACACUGCUUGUCAUUUGAUCAACAAGUGUAUGAUUAGCAAAGGGACACAAAGUGGUGAAGCAGAUGAUGGUGAUCUCACAAUUCCUGAUGAGGUCUUGGAAAUCACAAAUGGGAAAGCUGAAAGGAUGAAUCAAGUUGAGGCUAGUAAUGAAGAAGGAGUUGCAAAAUGUGCAGGAAAGGCUGAAGUACCUAGUCCCUCCAUUACUCCACUUGAAGCUGAAGACAGGGUAGCUGAUGUUGUGUUAGGAACUCCUAGUGCUGAGACAAGAAGUGAAGAUCUUGGGUCCGUUGAUGCAAAUAAUGGAUCAAAUGUGGCAGAACCUGGUCCCUCAAACACUCAAAUUCAAGUAUCCAACUGGAAACACAAAAAAUAUCACCCUCUUGACAAUAUAAUUUCUCCUUUAGACACAGGUAUUCAAACCAGGUCUAAGGUCAAAACCAUGUUUGCCUACUCUGCUUUCAUAUCUCAAAUUGAGCCAAAAAAAUCAAGGAAGCAUUGA